AUGACUCGAGGAAACCAAAGAGAAAAGGCUCGCGAGAAGAACAUCAAGGAACAGUCUGGACAGAAAAAGAAAAAUACACAGUCCGGCACCGAGUUUCAGCGGACGAAAGAAGCCCAAGCAGCCAUUAUGCGAGAAAAACAAGCAAAAGCGGCAGCUAAAAAGACCGAAGAGGGGUCAGGCAGCGCAAAGAAUAAAUGA